AUGUGUGAUGUUGCUGGAGUAUCGUCUCAAAAGGAAGCGGUGCAAGAGUUGUACGCAAAAACGAGAGCGGCUAUGGCGAAAGGUGGCUUCUCGUCGGAUAUUGCUCCAUUAUAUACUUUCUUGAUAAUCUGUCCGGAUUUAACUACGUUCCCAUGGGAAGUGAUGCCGAUAUUUUGCGACAGUCCUUAUGUGGCUCGUAUCCCAUCAGUACAUGCUUUGUUUCAAACUCUUCGCAAAAGUUCUCAGGUACCAGUCGAAGUGAAUGUUCAUAAUGCGUUCUAUGUGCUUGACCCUGACAACAAUCUGGGUGACACAAGAAGACGUAUCACGGACUAUGUGUCAAAGUUCGGCUGGGAAGGGGUUGUGGGCAAAAUUCCUUCUGUUACAGAAGUCACCGAGGCUCUGUCACAAAGGGAUGUCUUUUUCUAUAUGGGCCAUGGAAGUGGUUCGAGGUACUUUAGUCGACGUGUGAUCUGUGAAAAUACGGUCAAUGCUGUGAGUGUGCUGAUGGGCUGUGGAAGUGUUCGCUUGACGCCCUAUGGUUGGGGAAUGGAUGGUAAAAGCUCCGUCUAUGAUUACACUGUUGCACAAUGCCCAUCAAUAGUUGGAUGUUUGUGGACGGUAACGGAUGGAGAGAUCGACCGAUAUUUCAUGGCGCUUGUGGAUUUGUGCUUCUCAUCUGAUGCGAAUCGCACGUUGACCGGAACCGACGGGACCGGAUUUAGUCGUCUUCGACGCUCUCGUUUGAAGGCAAUGCAUGCGAGUUAA